GUAGUGAAGCGGAACGGAGGCGGUAGGGCUUUUGCCAAAUCUCGAGCCGCCUUCCUUCCCCCCUCCGUCGUCUCCGCGGCGCCUCUUCCCCCGAGCUUCCGAAACCCCGCCCCAAAACCCUAGCGCCGGCCCGCCUCCGUGAGGAUGAGCUACGCGGCGUACAAGAUGAAGCACUGGCCGACGGGCAUCGAGCACUGCGCCGCCGGCUUCAUCACCCACCGCCCCUCCGACGCCGCCGCCUUCUCCGCGCCCGCGGCGGGGCCGGCGGCCUCCUCCUCCGGGGCCGACAGCGACGCCGACUCCUCGGCCGCGGCGGCGAGGCGCCGCCUCGGCCCCACCCCCAACCUCGUCGUGGCGGCCGCCAACGUGCUGGAGGUCUACGCCGUCAGGGCCGAGGCGGCGCCCGCCGCCGAGGACGGGGCCGGCGGCGCCUCGGCCGCGUUCGACGGCAUCCUCGGGGCCCGCCUCGAGCUCGUGUGCCAUUACAGGCUCCAUGGGAACAUCGAGUCGAUGGCCGUGCUGUCGGACGGGGCGGAGAACAGGCGAGACUCGAUUGCGCUCGCUUUCAGAGACGCCAAGAUAACCUGCUUGGAAUUCGAUGACGCCAUCCAUGGACUGCGGACCAGCUCAAUGCAUUGCUUUGAGGGCCCAGAAUGGCAGCAUCUAAAAAGAGGCAGGGAAUCAUUUGCUUGGGGUCCUGUCAUCAAAUCUGACCCGCUAGGCAGAUGUGGCGCUGCACUUAUUUAUGGACUACAGAUGGCCAUUCUGAAAGCUGCCCAGGUUGGACAGAGCUUAGUGGGAGAAGAUGAACCUACACGUGCACUGAGUUCUAGUGCUGUCCGUGUCGAGUCAUCAUAUUUGAUUGACUUACGAGCUUUAGAGACAAAUCAUGUCAAAGAUUUUACAUUUGUACAUGGUUAUAUUGAGCCUGUAUUGGUCAUACUACAUGAGCGAGAGCCUACCUGGGCUGGGCGUAUCUCAUCAAAGCACCAUACAUGUAUGAUAUCAGCAUUUAGUAUAAGCAUGACACUGAAGCAACACCCAGUGAUAUGGUCUGCUGCUAACCUACCGCAUGAUGCAUACCAAAUUCUUUCUGUGCCUCCACCUAUUGGCGGUGUUCUUGUCGUCUGUGCAAAUUCUAUCCACUAUCAUAGUCAGUCCACUUCUUGUUCCCUUGCCCUCAACAAUUUUUCAUCACAGCCAGAUGGCAGUCCAGAAAUUCCUAAAAUAAAUUUCCAUGUGGAGCUUGAUGCAGCUAAAGCAACAUGGUUAUCCAAUGAUAUUGUAAUGUUCUCGACAAAGACUGGAGAAAUGCUGUUACUUACAGUUGUUUACGAUGGCAGAACUGUGCGAAGAUUAGAUCUUAUGAAGUCAAAAGCAUCUGUCAUCAGUUCGGGUGCUACGACUAUUGGAAGUUCAUUCUUCUUCCUUGGUAGCCGUUUGGGAGACAGCCUUCUUGUGCAAUAUUCCUGUGGUGUGGCAACAUCUGCCUUACCAGAUCUAAUAGACGAGCGGUCUGGUGAUAUUGACGGCGACCUGCCGUUUUCGAAGCGCCUGAAGAGGGUGCCUUCUGACAUUUUACAGGAUGUGACCAGUGUUGAGGAACUUUCUUUUCAGAAUAACAUGCUGCCAAACAGUACAGAGUCAGCACAGAAAAUCUCAUAUGUCGUGAGAGAUAAGUUGAUCAAUGUUGGCCCUCUGAAAGAUUUUUCGUAUGGUUUAAGAGUCAAUGCAGAUGCCAAUGCAACAGGAAAUGCAAAGCAAAGCAAUUAUGAGUUGGUGUGCUGUUCUGGUCAUGGAAAGAAUGGAUCACUUUCUGUCCUACAACAAUCUAUUCGCCCUGAUUUAAUUACUGAGGUGGAAUUACCAAGUUGCAGAGGUAUUUGGACAGUGUACUAUAAGAGUUCCCGUGCACAUACCACUGAAGAUAAUGAAUAUCAUGCAUAUCUGAUAAUAAGUCUAGAGGGCCGGACCAUGGUAGAUCGUAUUGAAGUCCCCACACAGAAGCCAAAGGCCGGCAUAGGGGAUGGUCCCAAAAUGACAGGUUUUUGGGAAUCAAGGAAUUUUAGGGUACUUGAGACAGGUGAUGAUCUAGGAGAAGUUACUGAAACAGUUGAUUAUUAUGUUCAAGGGGCAACCAUUGCUGCUGGUAACUUGUUCGGAAGGCGGCGUGUCAUACAGGUAUACGCCUCAGGUGCUCGUGUGCUUGAUGGUUCUUUCAUGACACAAGAGCUAAACUUUACUGCGCAUUCUUCAGAAUCUUCAUCGUCAAGUUCUGAGCCUCUUGGAGUGGCAUCUGCUUCCAUUGCAGAUCCAUACGUUCUUUUGAAGAUGGUUGAUGGAACUAUUCAACUUCUUGUAGGAGAUCAUUCUACUUGUGCUCUUUCUAUCAGUGUUCCCAGUAUUUUUACAAGCUUAAGUGAAAAAAUAUCUGCAUGUACACUUUAUCGUGACAGAGGUCCUGAACCAUGGCUGAGAAAGACACGUAGUGAUGCAUGGCUAUCUAGUGGUAUUGCAGAACCGGUUGAUGGCGGUGGUAGUUCAUCUCAGGAGCAGUCUGAUAUAUACUGCAUCAUUUGUUAUGAAAGUGGUAAACUAGAAAUUUUUGAAGUGCCUAGUUUCAGAUGUGUUUUCUCUGUGGAAAGUUUCUUGUCUGGUGAGGCUCUUUUGGUUGAUGCAAAAGGAAGACAGGAUGACACUAAAGUUUCUCUAAAGAAAGAAGCAGCGGAUAGCAUUCGGGUAGUUGAGCUUGCAAUGCAUAGAUGGUCUGGCCAGUUCAGUCGCCCAUUCCUUUUUGGUUUAUUGAACGAUGGGACAUUUUUGUGCUACCAUGCUUAUUGCUAUGAAGGCUUGGAGAGUAAUGUGAAAGACAAUUCAUUUUCACCUGCUGGUUCUGUGGAUCUUGCCAGUGCCAGUGAUUCAAGACUAAAAAAUUUGAGAUUUCGCCGAAUUUCUGUUGACAUUACAUUACGAGAAGACAUAUCAAGUCUUGCACGACCGAGAAUCACAAUUUUUAACAAUGUUGGAGGUUAUGAGGGAUUGUUUCUUAGUGGCACGAGGCCAGUCUGGGUUAUGGUUUGUCGACAACGAUUUCGGGUGCAUCCACAGUUAUGUGAUGGUCCCAUUGAAGCCUUUACUGUUCUCCACAAUGUAAACUGUUGUCAUGGGCUUAUAUAUGUUACAUCACAGGGUUUUCUGAAGAUAUGUCAACUGCCCGAAGCAUAUAACUAUGACAACUACUGGCCUGUCCAAAAGAUCCCUUUGCAUGGUACCCCUCAUCAGGUUACAUAUUAUGCCGAGCAGUCUCUGUAUCCACUUAUCGUGUCUGUUCCUGUUGUUCGCCCCCUAAAUCAAGUUCUGUCAAUUAUGGCUGAUCAAGAUUUGGUUCAUCACAUGGAUAAUGAUGCUACAAGUGCCGAUGACCUGCAAAAAACGUAUACUGUUGAGGAAUUUGAAGUUCGCGUAUUAGAGUUGGAGAAACCUAGUGGACGUUGGGAGACAAGGUCCACUAUUCCGAUGCAAUCGUUUGAAAAUGCUCUGACUGUGCGCAUUGUUACAUUGCAUAACACAACCACCAAGGAAAAUGAAACCCUGAUGGCCAUUGGGACUGCUUAUGUUCAAGGGGAGGACGUAGCUGCCAGAGGACGGGUGCUUCUGUUCUCUUUCACUAAAAGUGAAAAUUCUCAAAAUCUGGUAACUGAAGUCUACUCAAAAGAGAGUAAAGGCGCCGUAUCAGCUGUUGCGUCACUUCAAGGUCAUCUGCUGAUAGCUGCUGGUCCAAAGAUCACAUUGAGCAAAUGGACUGGUUCUGAAUUGACCGCUGUUGCAUUCUAUGAUGCUCCUUUGCAUGUUGUGAGCUUGAACAUUGUCAAAAAUUUUGUUUUGUUUGGCGAUAUCCAUAAAAGCGUAUAUUUUCUUAGCUGGAAGGAGCAAGGUUCUCAAUUGACUCUGCUUGCAAAAGAUUUUGGAUCUCUAGAUUGCUUUGCAACUGAGUUCUUAAUUGAUGGAAGCACACUGAACCUUGCAGUUUCUGACUCUGAUAAAAAUUUGCAGAUCUUCUACUAUGCUCCCAAAAUGGUGGAGAGCUGGAAGGGGCAGAAGCUCCUUUCCAGAGCAGAGUUCCAUGUUGGAGCCCAUCUGACCAAGUUUAUGAGGCUGCAGAUGCUUCCCGCUCCAGGAUUGGCAUCUGAGAAGACGAAUCGUUUUGCCCUUCUUUUUGGUACUUUGGAUGGUGGUAUUGGAUGCAUUGCGCCUAUUGAUGAGUUGACAUUCCGCCGGCUUCAGAGCUUACAGAGGAAGCUUGUAGAUGCCGUCCCCCACGUGUGUGGCCUGAACCCAAGAUCAUUCAGGCAGUUCAAAUCCAACGGGAAGGCACAUCGUCCUGGACCAGAUAACAUCAUUGACUUUGAGCUUCUUGCACACUAUGAGAUGCUAUCGUUGGAAGAGCAGCUUGACAUCGCACAGCAGAUUGGGACUACCCGUGCGCAGAUCCUUUCCAACUUUGCGGAUAUUUCGCUAGGCACGAGUUUCCUGUGAAUUAAAGUAUGGGCGAUCAAUGUUGGAUCUAACACCAUGAUACAGAUCGAAAAGCUAGCGGUGCAUGGAUGACGCUUGUCGAUUUUUGGUAACUCCGGUGACAUAUGUACGAUAGGAUUAAAUGCUGGCCAGUUUGAUCUUUGUGAGUAAAUUAUAACCACCUUACCGCGUACAUAUGAUUAGCACUUGGAAGCGCAUUGUAAAUGGCCAUGGUGGUUGAUUUCUUUCUAAUUAGUGGCCGUUGAGCUUCUUGCAUUGUCCUUCCUGACCAUGCCCCUGGUGACUGUAAUGUACGUGUACUAUCUUAAUGGCUUGCGAUACAAAUUUCACUGUCA